UGUAAAGUGGGUGUUGUCUUCUCUACAGCGUCUUUGGUUUAGAGCAACAGCGAAGUCUUGCUGGUGGGACCGCGGUCAGCUAGCCAGUAGCCUGUAGGCAGCCCACACCGCUCAGAAUGGGGGUGAAAGAUCGGCCUCAGUGCUACUUUGAUGUGGAGAUCAACAGAGAGCCAGUUGGACGCAUUGUCUUUCAGCUGUUCUCAGACGUUUGUCCAAAGACCAGCAAAAAUUUCCUCUGCUUAUGUACUGGUGAAAAAGGCACUGGAAAAAGUACAGGAAAAAAACUGUGCUUCAAAGGCUCUACAUUCCAUCGGGUAGUUAAGAACUUCAUGAUCCAAGGGGGAGAUUUCACUGAAGGCAAUGGAAGAGGAGGAGAGUCCAUAUUCGGUGGCUACUUUGAAGACGAGAACUUUAUUCUCAAACAUGACAGAGCCUUCCUCUUGUCCAUGGCCAACCGCGGCAAAGACACCAACGGUUCUCAGUUUUUCAUAACUACUAAGACAGCACCGCAUCUUGAUGGAGUCCAUGUGGUCUUCGGGCUGGUCAUCUCUGGUUUUGAAGUGAUAAAAAGAAUCGAGAGCCUGAAGACUGACUCAGCCAGCAGACCCUACGCUGAUGUCAGAGUGAUAGACUGUGGACAGCUAAUAACAAAAUCUGCUAAUGAUGUGCUUGAAGGCAAGAAGAGGAAGGCCUUCUAUUCUGAAGAUGAUUCUGCAAGCUCUUCAGACUCACAGACCUCAUUCGAGUCUGGAGAGGAAUCUAACAGAAACUUUACUCCCCGAAAGAAGAGGAACGCUUCCAAACACCCAAAGAGGCGAAGGAGAGAAGGUGGGAGGAAAGAGAAGCGGUGUGAAAAAACGACAAAUAAAGGAAGCCCUGCUGAGCAGGACAUGGCAGAGGAAGAGGAUGGAGGGAAGGAGCAGAAUGUAAAGAGAGAGAAACCUGUGGUUCGACCAGAGGAGAUCCCGCCUGUGCCAGAGAACCGCUUCCUGCUCCGUCGUGACAUGCCAACCCAGGAAGGAAUAGCUGAUGGGACUGAGCAAGAGACAGCUACAGCCCCCGGUGACCCUAAGCCAGCUGUCACAAAAUCUGGGAGGAAGCUCAAAGGCAGGGGAACCAUGAGAUACCAUACCCCUCCUCUGGAAAAGUCUCGGUCCGAAUCUGAGGAAGAGAGGGGGAGCAGCGAGACUCCUCCACACUGGAAAGAGGAGAUGCAGAGAACCAAGAAUUACCAGCCCCCGAGUGUAGAGAAAUGGAGCAAAGAAGAAUGGAAUGACAGAAGUGACACCCCAUGGUCACGGUCCAGGUCGCGGUCCAGGUUGCGGACCAGGUCGCGGUCCCGAGAACAUUCUUCAGAUCAGACCUCGGACCACUCCAUCAAGCGUCACCGACACAGAAAAGAAAAGAAAAAGGCCAAACGAAAGAAGAAGGCCAAGAAACGGAAACAUUCAAAGAAACAUAAAAAGAACAAAUUAAAAGAUGCCUCCCCUUCAGAGGAUGAGAAAUCAGUGUCCUCUAGUAAAAGGUCAAGACCGUCUAGCUAUCCUGGUAGGAGGUCACAUUCCCGCUCUCGCUCUUUUUCCACUUCACAUCACUCACAUAGAACUAAUGAAUCAGGCUCAAACCGGAGACGCUCCUCAUCACAUUCAUCAAGAGAUUCACGGUCCUAUUCCAGAUCAAGGGGCAGAUCCUAUUCCAGAAGUCGCUCAAGAUCGGAUAGUAAGUUUAGGUCCACCUCAAGGUCUAGGUCACGAAGUCGAUCUGGACGCUCCAUUACUACAUCACGGUCCCGAUCUCGCUCUAGCUCCAGUUUUAGGACAAAGUCCAGGAGUAGAUCUAGGUCCAGGUACAGGUCACAAUCACCACGUUACAGAAAAAGGUCAAGAUCUCCUAAAAGAACAAAGCUGAAUGAGGGCAGCAUGAAGAAAGUUAGCAAUCCCAUACCCAACACUACUCAAGGCAAAACACCCCCGACCUCAUCUGAGGGGGUCUCUGUGCUGCCUUUGAGUGACAGCCCACCACCUUCUAGAUGGAAACCUGGCCAGAAACCUUGGAAGCCUUCUUACGUCCGUGUCGAAGAAACCAAGACCAAGACAGGCUUACCUUCCCGUGAUCUAGUCGGCCGAACUCCAGGCACAAAUCUAGAGAGGGAAGCACAGCCUGUGUUUCACAGUAAGUUGGAGAAACCUACAAGUCAAAGGGACCCUAAUAGUUCUAGGCUGUAUAGUGCUAACAGCAAAAAAACGGAUAGCCUGCUGCGAAGAGGAUCAUCCAGGAGUCAAUCGUCUAGCCGGUCAAGAAGCAGGAACCGCUCAAGAUCCCGGUCAGUGUCUCCUGGCUUGAACAACAGAUCUUCCUAUUCUUCCUCCUCUUCUACAAGGUCAGACUCUUAUGAUUCAUAUAGAAAAUUUACUUCAGAUAUGAGGGGGAAACAGCAUCAUGGUCAUUAUCAAAAGAAGCAAAAAAGGACCAAGAAUGCCAUACAAAUCCAUCCCAAACAAGAUGCAUCUCCUUUUCAUUCAAUUGAUGGAACUGAAAGUAGCAUAAACCAUCCCAGACCCAGACACAACAGUUCAGAAGUGCAGGAAAAGAAACCUGAACAUUUGUCAGAGAGAGCAAAGAAUUUUAGUCAAAACAAAACAUUGCUUGUAGGUGUCGUGAACAGUAAACCAGGAUCUGGAUGGGAAAGUGACAGUGAUAAUUUGAGCAAACAGGCCUCUGGCGGGAAGCCUAGUACUAUUCAGAUUCCUCUCAAUCACCAAGGAGAACUUUCUGAAAACCAAAAGAAGGAGAUUUUGGCUCGUUGUUGGGAAUCAGAAAGUGAAACUGAAAUGCCAGAAUCAAGUACUGCAAUUGGUGAAACUAAAUGUUUGUCAGACAAGGAGGAGGGGGAAGCCAGUUCCGAAUCUGAAAGCGAUGAUGCUGCCAUUAUGUUCCACAAACUGAGGCAAGUCUCUAGGGUACCAGGUGAUUUAAAAAGUAGUGAGGAACAUCGUAAUGAAAAUACAAAGCAUGAAAAGCACAAGAGCAAGAAGACCAAGCGGAAGCACAAGCACAGGAGGAGAAACUCUGAUAGGUCUGGCUCUAAUCGAUCAAAGGCCAAAACGAAAAAGUCCAAGAAGAAGCACCAGAAGCCAAAAGAAACGUUCCACUGGCAGCCACCCCUAGAGUUUGGUGAAGAAGGGGAGGAUGAUGAUUCGCUCGCUCAGUUAAAGAAUGUGGACAUGGCACAGAAAAGUGCUGUCAAGGACGAGCCACCAAAAUCAGAUAAAGUCACGCAGCUGAACUGUGUGUCUGAGAGGAGUUCUGAGAAGGCAGGUCACGACUCAUCUACAGGUGAUCAUUAUUCUAGGAAUAUGAUGAAAAGCCAGCAAACUAAACUGAAUACUCGAGUGGAAAAAAGCCAGGCACAAAACGACCAUCCACACAUCAGUUUGAAACAGUCAAAUGCGAAUGCUGCAUCUUGUUCCCAAGAACGACUAACAGACCAAGAUGAUAUGGAGAUAUGUACGCCAGAACACAUGCCAGAGACCAACACAGAACCAUCAGGACCUUCUGUGGUUGAAUUAUCAUCAUUAACGAAAACUGCGAGUAAUGGCAAUUUACUUCUGCCUCAAAGAGAUCAAAAAGCCUCAGUUAAUGUUUCAUCUAUAUUAACUCAUUCCAACCAACCAGGAGAAGCACCGUCUGAAAACGCUGGUCUAGCAGGUGAUACCAAAUGGAAACCUUUAAAGGGUGCAACUGUAGUACAGGCGUUUAAUGCAGUUCCUCUGGUUAUGAAGAUAAACAAGCCACAGCUAUCAACUGAGGGUAAAACUCAGGGUCUCAAGAUUGAAAUCAAGAGCAAAAGCAAAGUCCGUCCAGGCUCACUUUUCGACGAGGUGCGGAAGACGGCUCGGUUAAACCAGCGGCCCAGAAAUCAGGACAGUUCCAGCGAUGAGGAUUCUCCUUCUGCAGCAGAAGAGCAAGCUGCAUCUCAGAGACUCUCUCGGAGUAAAUCCCGUUCUACAACCAGUCCAAGGUCCCGACAUAGAGGCAGGUCCCAUUCAUACAGCAGGAGCAGGUCCAGGAGCUUCAGCUAUUCUUCCAGAAGCUACAGUAGAAGUAGAAGCAGAAGGAAGCACAGUAGAGACCGUUUUCGUUCUCGAAGUAGUAGCUAUCGUAGCCACACCUACAGUAGAAGUCGUUCCAGAAGUUGGUCCAGGGGUCGCCGGAAGUCAAGAUCGUACACUUAUGACAGCUACUCCAGUCGCAGCCGCAGUGGGAGCAGAAGGCGGCACCAUAGACGAAGUAAAAGCAGAUCCAGAUCGUACCGCUCCUACAGUCGCAGUUCAUCAAGGCACGGGAGUCGAAGCAGUCGAUACAGCUGAGAAGAGUUUUGAUAGAAUGUCUACUGUAAAUCUUGCCUCUUCCUUUUUUUUUUUUUUUUUUUUAAAGAUUUCUUCAGAAAUUAAGAUUGUUUUCUCAGGUGUAGGCAGAAGUGUACAUACUUUACUUAUAGACAUCAGUGUGAUGGCAAUAAUGGGCGUUUGGUGAUUUCUUACAACUGUUCUUUUUCUAGUGCAGAAUAAGCAAAUGUGCGAAAUAAUACAUCCAAGGUUAUGAAUAUGCUUUCAUCACUCCUAAUAUUUGCGUAUUAUAAAUGUCCCUACGGCAAAAGAGAUUUUAACAUGAGUUUAACAUGUUGGUAGUAGCAUCAUUCACUGGGCUGUUUUGCUGCCAGACACUAGUAUCUUACUCAACGUGGGUAAAUUAAUAAAAGAGAGCUACCUCAAAGUUUUAGCACAAAUCCAAAUUUUUUGUGAAAUCUUGGACAUGGUUAGGUCAACCCCAUUGAAAAUAUGAGGGCUUUACAUGUAUGUUGGAUCUGUGCCAGAAAAUCAACAAAUUGCAAUUGAACACUGCCAAUUCUGCCAAUUUCUUUUUUUAUAAUUUAAUUUCAAUUUACACGGCCAAUGAUGUCCCAAAACCAGGAGGGUGAAGACUAGCAUGUGUCUCCUUUGAUACAUGUGAAAUCAGCCACUGACACUUUUCUAACUGCUGUUGAUGCAGUAUUGCUGAGUAGCAUCACGGCGCACGGCGGAAAAUGCAGCGACUCAGUUCGGAUACAUCAGCUCACAGAUGCCUCAGGCUGAGCCACAUCACCCUUUGGAGUGAUGCGGAAAGAGAGUGCUAUCUACCCACCCAGAGAGAGAGCAAGAGCUAGAGCUCUCUCAGGGCUCAGCUUGCUGAUGUCAAGCUACAUGAACAGGAUUCGAACCAGCAAUCUUCUGAUCAUAGUGGCAGCACUUAGCUCGCUGGAUCACUCAGAGCGCAACAGAGUGACCGAAUUUUGUGUGCUGUGUGUAUAUUUUUUACCCUGUGUUGAUGAUGCUUCAUCCAGUACUUUUGGAAUCCACUGCAGAGUUGGGGAUAAGGUGGGGUGGUGUCAUCCAAUUUUCUGUGUCAAGAAAAGAACAAUUAAAACAAUUAUAAUAAUUGAAAGCCCAGUUUGCCAUUAUAUCAGGUUCUGUAAUGAGUGUAUGUAACUAUUUGAACUAUAAUAUGAUUCAUUUUGACCUGUAAAUACUUGGCAAUAAGAAUAUACCAUUAUAUACUGUUAUGUUUUUACCAGAAUUAUUUUAUUUUUUAAAAAAACAUAUGACAUAAAUGUAUAAAAAUAUUUUAUGCAACCUUACUGUUUUGAUUUCUCACAGUUGUAUUGUACUGUAUACUGAAUGCCCAAUCUAAUUGUUAUACUAAAACAUUCUAUAAGCAGGAAACCACUGAACUGGUACACAUAAAAGGGAGUUUUAUUUUACAGAAGUUGACUCUUUUGGCCAUUUUCUGUUUAAAUUUUUCAUGUCUCCAUCUUUUCUAUGGUAGAACAGGGGAGCUUCUGUCAAUAAGCAAAAGUCAUCACUGUUACUUUAUGAAAGUGUAAAUAAAAUUUUACAUUGACUUUCAAACUUUAGUGAGUUAUGUAAAUUCACAUCUCUUAUCAAGAUAUUCCUAAAACUUUUUUUGUUUAUUAAUAUACUGACUUUUGGCAUGACAAAAAACUAAAGUUACAACUCAUCCUGCUCUCCCUGAUAUGAAUGUUUUUUGUACUUCAUAUUGAUCAACAUGAUAUGGCUAAAAUAAAUCAAAUCUAAAAUCA